GACGCUCGGGAUCAACCCACCUCGCUGCGGCGCUGCCCGGGUACACUGGCGCCUCGCUGCCCCCUCCGACACACACCACUGACACGGUUUUAGCGGAAAAUACACUGCACAGCCCCGCAGCCAUGGCGACCGAGGUGAAGAUGGAACUGGCGGACAGCGAACAAGACGAAGAGGAGGACGUGUACGAGGUGGAGCGGAUCAUUGACAUGCGGCUGGAGGAGGGUGAAGUGCUCUACAGAGUCCGAUGGAAGAAUUACUGCUCCGACGAUGACACUUGGGAGCCAGAGGCUCAUUUAGAGGACUGUCGUGAAGUCCUUUUAGCGUAUAAGAAGGCCAUGGGAGAAGCUAAGGCCAAGAAAGAAGCAGAAGCCAAGAAGAGCUUGGUAAGUCCAAGUGACAAUCAGAAACUGCCUUCAAAGAGCGACGUGUUUGAUGCCGACUCAGAGAGUGACAGCGAUAAAGACCGCCCCGUUCAGAUGCCCAUCAAGAAGAAGAAAAAGAAAAAGAUCCGGGAAGAAGAUGAAUUGCCUACGAAAGACAAAAAGAAGAAGAAAGAAAAACGAAAGGAUGAGGUGAGGCCUCUGCCUGCUCCAGAGACAGAUGAAGAAGAAGAAGAAGACUCAGAGAGGGCCCCUACUCCAUCUUCACCUUCCAAGGAGAAAAGGGUGGAUUCAAAAAAGCGUCUUCUUGACUCAGAAGAGGAUGACGAUGAGCUUGUCCCCUCCAAAAAACACAAGAAGGAAAAGGGAAAAGACGGAGGAAAGCAUAAGAAAGAAAAGUUAGAGGAAGGAAAGAAAAAGAAAGCGAAGAAGGAUCGAAAGAUUGAAACCUCUGAUGAGGAGGCAGCUGCUCCUCUGGAAGAUGACCUGAGUGAUGGCCCUUUAGAGUCCCAACUAGACGACAGUACAUCAAGAGAGAAUGUAAUGAAGUCGACUGAAAGGUUGCGUUUGGACGACAAGUCGAAACUGAAGAAGGGAAAGUGGGAAGUAAAACUUCAGGGCUUAAAGGACCUUGUCCAUGACAAAAAGAGCAAAAAGCCAGACAGCGUUCUGAAAGAGACAAGCCUCCAAAAGCUGAAGGGCCUCACCUCAAAAAGCAAAGAGGACAAUGCCCCACACUCCGACUCAAGUGACAGCUCCACCCUGCAUAAGAAAGUAAAAACCAAAGGGCAGGAUAGCACGUCUGCGACACUCAAAGCCCUGUCUUCCUCAACAUCGUCGUCGUCCUCAUCUUCUGUUUCAUUAGCCACCAGCACCAAGGUCAAGGAGGACGAUGUGGCUAAAGAGGAGUUAUUGGGACAGAAGGACUCCACAGGCUCCACUAACCUGUUUGAGAAGUUUCUGUUAAACUGUGAGGCCAAGGAUCGUGCCCCUCGCCGGCAGCCAUCUCAUCAGCCUCCUGUAGAGAAGAACAGUGGCAAACCAUCUAAGCUACUAGGAAAACUGGAGAAGUUCCCCAAGCCAAGCAAAGAGUCUCCAGCUCAGAAACCAGAGGCUGAGAAGACCGAGAGGACUAAGCAAUCAGAUGGGUCCAAACCAAGCCAGAGUUAUGGCUUCAACCUGGACAGCGAUGAGAGGGAAGGAGAAGAAAUUACUGCAAAGCCGAGGAUAGGGGAGGAUCUUCGGGAGCGGAGGGAUAGGCCAGAGGAGCCACAACGGCCUAGUUGGGAAAGGAGAUCUUCAACAGAUGAUAAGAGGAAGAGGAGAGAGGACAGUGAGCCGAGACGCCUCCUGAUUGAAGACCAUAAGGACUCCCAGGAGCCGCCAGAAGACAAGGGCCAAGCCACACUAAGUCUUGGAAUGGACCUCAAUCUGGACUGGAUGACUCUGGAUGACUUCCAGAAACAUCUAAAUGGAGAGGAUGAGAUCCUGUCAGGUCCACCAUUAACACCCAGUGAGCUGCGGGAUGCUGUGAAAUGUGGAGAUUACAUGGCUGUGAAAUUGGCACUUAAUUCCAAGGAGGACUAUAAUCUUGACCAAGAGAUGUUUUUCACAUCUCCAAAGAACAAUCGCUUUGCAAGAAACCCAGUGAACAAACCAAUGGAAGAGGACAUUGAAAAUAUGAAGUACCAGGACAAGAUGAACCCCUUAAAGCAGGCAUGUACAAUUGGUGAGAAGAGGUCAUUUGAAGGAGAGAGGAGCUUGAUUGAAGAGAGAAGUACGAAUGAUGCUCUUAGGUUGACUGCUAACCUUGACAGUUCAAGAAAUGAAGAGUGUUCUCCAAGCAUUAAAGAGAACAUACUACAAGUUUUGGAUUGUCCAAAAGAUGUCGAAGAAAUGUUAUGCAGCCCGGGCUUUCCAAACACAGAGCAAGUGACAAUGAGGGAACAUGAAAACAUCCUAAAAGGUGGGAACGAUAUCACUGAAUUCAAAAAGAAGGAUUGUGAUUCAAUCAUUGAGCAGAAAAGUGACGUAAAGAAAGACCGGAGGCAAGCAGAGGAAGAUGAGAUGUUUGAUGACACGAAAGGUGGUUCAUCAAAUGAAAUGAGUUUGGAUGCGGUAUGGAUGCUGACAAGGGAUGAUGAAAAAACAGUAAUAAAGGACAUAGCUGACAAACAAUGGUCCCCUCAGGAAGCAAAUUAUGAGGCAGAGGAUGUGGUGGCGGAUCAGUCAGAUUGUACAGAUCAAGCUCAAUCUGAGAUGGGCACAAAGGAGAUUGUAAAAAGGCGAUCACAGCGCUGUGGGAAAACUUCAGAGAAGAAAGAACCAACACGAUCAAGUCUAAGGACUUGUAAGAAAGUGCUUGAAGCAACACCUUCAACUGUAGAGGAGAGAAAAGAACCAUCGAAGAAGCAUUUCUGUUUAUAUUGCAAAAUGGCUUUCACCCAACUCGCAAAGCAUUUGGAAAAGAAGCAUGCUGAGGAAACAGAUGUUGCCCAUGCAAUACACUUCCCCAAAGGUUCCAAAGUGAGGCAGACUUUGCUUGACCAAAUUCGCAAUAAAGGAGAUUAUGAGCAUAAUUGCCAUGUUGUCAAAAGUGGCGAAGGGCAAAUUUUCUCCAAGAAACAGGUGAAAAAUCCCACCAUAUCUGUUCGUGACUUCCUGCCAUGCCAGCACUGCUUUGCUUUUUACCGCAAAACUGAUUUAUGGAGACAUGAGCGGUCAUGUAAGGCCAGAAAAGGAGAUCAGAAAUCCUCUGAAAGAACAAAUGGAGUCACCAGUACUGCCCAUCAGCUGCUUCCAAUGUCAGAGUUCCUAACUGGAGGCUGCGAGGAAAUCAUCCAUAUCAUGCAUCAAGAUGACAUCUCAAGGCAUAUAAGAAAUGACCCACUUAUUUGUAAAUAUGGCAAUGCAUUGUCUGUUAAGUAUGAACAUGACAAGUCUCAGUUUGCUUAUAUUGCACAGAAAAUGAGGGAACUGGGUAGAUUUGUGCUAGCUGUAAAUGAGCUUGACAACAGUGUGAGGUAUUUGCAUGAAUUAUGUCUACCAUCCAAAUUUGCAUUGGCGGUUGAAGGGGCCAAAAAAGCUAGUGGUUUUGAUCCCAGUUCCAGUAAGUUCAAAACAGUCUCCCUUGUAUCAAAAAUUGGCUACUCUUUGAAAAGAGCUGCAGAAAUAGCUUUUGGGGAAAGCCGCAUGACAGAGGACAGUGACACUGAAAGUGAAGUGAAAAAGUUCAUACAGCUUCUUGAUACAAAAUGGAGUGAGUGUUUUUCUCGCAAGGCUCUUGCAUUGUCUUUAAAACAAGACGUGAAAAAAGUUGAAGUAGACAAAUCAACUGUGACAGAAGAUUUAAUGAAACUACAUAGGUUUAUUGCUGGGGAGGAAGAUGAAGCCAGGGAGGAGCUGAAAGAAAGUCCUUCUAUGUCAACAUGGAAAAAGCUCAGUGAAGCCACUCUGGCAGAUGUUUGUCUGUUCAACAGAGGAAGGGUAGGGAAUAUUGGUAGAAUGCUUUUGCAAACUUACACUUGCAAAAAGUGUACUGGAACAUUUCUGCCCUCUUCUGAUCAGAUAAGGAAAAGCACAAAAUUAGAGCUGGACCUAGGUGCCUAUUUCACAAGGUUGGAACUAGAAGGUCAGUAUGGAAGAAACAUGCUGGUUUUGUUAACAGAAAGGAUGGUUUUGUCAAUUGAUUUGCUCAUUGAAAACCGACACCAAGCAGGUGUUUCAAAAACAAAUCCAUACCUGUUUGCCAGGACUGAAGGUCCGUCCUUCAUCAGAGGAUUGGACUGUUUUCGGAGGGCAGCGGUCGAAUGUGGAGUUAGAAACCCAGAGGCACUUCUGUCCUCAUCAUUAAGAGAGCAAAUUGCCAGCUGCUGGCAGGUAAUGAGCCUGAAUGAACGGGAAUUGGACCAAGUUGCCAAGCUGGUGGGAAAGAGCAGCGAGGAGUGUUACAUGCUCUCAAGAAAUCCAUUGCAACUGGAGGAAGUGAGCAAACAACUGCUCAAGAUGGAUCGCACACUGCCAUCCACCACAAGUACACCUACCACUACAAAAGAUGGAACCUCAUCGAAGCCAGCUUUAAAGAGAAGACCUUGGAGUGAGGAGGAGCAAGCUGCAGUGAAACGAUAUUUAAGUGAUUUUAUCACAACCCUGAAGGUUCCAGGCAAAAAACAAUGCAAUGCUUGCAUUUCUGCUGAACCAGAUCUUCGUGGAAGAUCUUGGACAGACGUCAAAAACUAUGUACACAACACACUACAGACAGUCCGCAGGAGAAAUAACCAGCAGACAUCUGAAGGGAACGUUAACACUUUGAAUCCAAAGAGUCGUAAAGCUGGAGUCCAAACCACAAAGAACGAUUUGGAAGAUACAAAUGAUAUCUGUACAAUGACAACAGUGCACCCAGAUCACUUGACAGGAAGUUCAAACUACUGUAUGACAAUGGCUCCUCCAAUAAACUUGAGAGAAUCAUCCACACCAUUCUCCCAAGAGAUGAUUUCAACUUAUGCAUCCUUUAGUUCCACUACUACAAACAUGGUCCAUACAAGUCAAUCGUUGAUGUCAUCCUUCACACCAUUGAAUGCUACUGAUACACAAGUAGUUCCCACAUUUACGCCACUCAGCACUACAAAUGCACUUAUCCCUCCUGCAUACACUUCAGAGAACAACCACAUUCUUCCACUAUCUUCAUAUACACAGAAUGCAGCAAUUUUGCAACCCUCGUCUGUGUACUCCCUACAUGACACUACAGGUUCCGCAAUGAUUCCUUCUUUUAGUUCACUUAAUGCUCCAAGUACCUCAAUGGUCCCUACGUUCACAUCGUUAAAUACCUCAAGCUCUAUGAUACCUGUUUAUUCCCCACUCGAUGACAGUAGUCCUAUUGUUUCUUCCUUCACGCCUCUGAACCAUUCAGGUACACCAUCUUACCCCACAGACCCACCUAGGGCCCCUACAACUGCACAGGUUGUCCCAACAAUUCUUGGACACACUGUUCCCGAUAAAGCACCAGUGGUACAGGAAGGGGCACCCAAGUCUACCAAAGUAAGACAAACCAAUACUGGUGAGAAACCUCAAAAGAGAAACAAGAGGUUGUGGAGCGAGGAGGAACAGGCAGCAGUGAGGCGUCAGUUUGGAGACUUCUGUAAACUGGUCAAAGUGCCAGGCAAAAAGGAUUGCGACGCAUGUUUAGCUGCUGAACCUGCCUUGAACACCAGGACAUGGAGGGAAGUUAAAUAUUUUGUACAUAACUCAAUUCAGUCGAUGAAAAGAAAAGGGCAUGCUGUUGCCUCCAAGCAGUGUGGAGGACAAGAACCAGAGACUCAUAAUUUGAACGCAGAUUGGGAUGGUCCUGUUUAUCUGUCCCUGUAAAUUUUUGCAACGGACUUGCUACAAAACAAUUGGUGAUCUGUGACACUUUGGAGUUAUACAAGCACUGUGGCUUUAACCUCAUAUGGGGCUUAACAUUUGAACAAUGUGGAUUGUUGUAAAAAAUGUCAUGUCAGUGAACCUCAAACUUUUCCAGACUGUCCUGCCAUUCUUUAAACCACACCUUUGGAAAAAGAUCAAGAUUUCUGUGGACUGUUGCAUGAAUAUACACUAAAUGGGUGGAAUUAAGGACAUUUGUAUCGUACCUUUGGCUCAGAAAAAAAGCUGAUAUUAUUGUUUGAUAUGUUCAGAUUGCCUAUACAUAUGUAACACAGUCAAUUAUAUAACCGUGUCAAUUUGUCAAUUCAUCACAGGUUAUCAAUAGGACGUAUUCUAAUUUAGAGAUUGGAUCAUUUAGUGAAUGGUAAUCUAAUUCUGCGUACACUCCCAGAGGAAUUUCUACCCUUGUUUACUUUAAAACUUAACAUACACUUCAAUCUCUCUGCCCUCACUAAGUAGAAUAUGGGUGAAUUACAAUGAUCGAAUCCUACCACCACAGUUUUGCAGCCAAUCCCUACAAAAUCAUAGAUUUGUGUUGACUUACUUUCCUGAAUGCCUGAUCCAAGUGUACUAUAUUCUUGCUUUAGCCAGUAGCCAUAUAUUGUAGAUCGCCCCUGAUAGCCUGCAGCAGUAAUGACAUGCUUUCCUUGUGGAUGUUAGUGAAUUAGGAGCUCAGUGUGUAUACCUCGCACUUAAAUAUUCCAGUUUUUUGAGGAUCAUGUUGAUAAAUGUUUAAAUUUUUUUUUUUCACGUUUAUUAGUUUAUAAGCUGCAAAAUAAGUUUGGUUUUAUUUUUGUAUUGCUAUACAGUAAGUGUAUAGAACAUUUUAGUACUAAUUGAUGUUUGAUGUACUCUAAUUUAAGAUAAUACACUACAUUGGUCUAUUUUGUUUUACAUUCUUUUAAACUUUUAUUAUUUGUAUGUUUGUGACAAUUCAGAUUGCCUUAUUUUAAUUAUUUGCUGGAUUACUCUUUUUGUAUUAAUGUUGAUUACAUCUAGCACACAAUAUCAACAUUUGUUUUAAGGUUAAAAAAAUGCGAACCACUAUAUUUGGUAAACUUGCAUUUAAAGAUUGUUUUUAAAGAACUGAAGCAGCAUUACAAUUACAAAUUUAAGAAUGAAAACAACAUAAAAACGAAUUUUUAUUUUUUUUGCAAAAGUUAAAUCACAUUUUUAGAUAAAAAAAAUGUUUGAUAUAGAUUGGUCAAAUCACACGUGACAAGACAGAAAGUAAGAAAUUAAUAUUUUACUAGUUUUUUUAUCUUAAACUAAAAAGGCAGUUUAAUAAUUCAUAACAAACUGCACAAUUAAUUUUAUGUGGAAUUUAGAUUAUACAAACCUUGUUGAAGGUUAAACAAAAUAUAGCAGAGGUACAACCUGCAUUUACUAAAAGUAGAUGGGUGCUUUGUUUUAGUCUCCUUUCAGUUUCCAAAAUUGGCCACUGCAGUGUUAUUUUCAAGCAGAGCUGUUGACUGUUGUUCGGUUGGGCCAGUUGACUUUGUAGUUUAUUUUGUAAGAACACAAAAAAGGAAUAUUCAUCUUAUUGAUCAAAAUGAGCAGACAGCACUGCUUCCUUUGUCAAGGAUGAAGGUUUUUGUGUUAUCCUCAGUAGCAGCUGUAGAGUAAACCAUGUCCACACUUUUCAUGCUAAAUGCAUUAAUGCAGACAAUGGUCACCUAUGGCAAACAGGUGUUUACUGUGUCAUGACAGGAAUAUAUCAGUAUUGCAGAUUAUACAUCAGUUAAGGUUGCAGUCCAGAUACAGUCGUGUUCGGAAAAUGUUUCUGUUAAAGGUCACCAGUGCUGUUUGAUGUUGCAAAGCAAGGUUUUGCUUUUCUUCUAUAGCAGAUAUCUUUUAUUAUUUGUAUUACUGUUGUAUACAGAGUGCGUAUUACUCUUCAUCCUGCUGUAACUAUGUUGCCUCAGUUAAUCCUUAUCAAGUAUUGUAAGGAACUUUUGCUUGGACAAUAAAAUGUUCCUUGGCUUAAAAUUUCAAGAUUUUCUUAUGAAAGACAAUUUGAUCUCAUUCCCCAGACUUUUUGGAAUAUGAAAGGUUAAGUUUACUAGAUUUUAUUUGCAAAUAAAGUAUUGAUUUGA